AGCAACAAGUUUAUUUUUAUGUUUCCAUGCCUUUAAAUACAUGGGUCUCCAAACGAAAGCGAAAGCUGCAGCGGACACGCUUGCGCGUUACCUGUAAGUCACGUGAUUUAACAGAAUCUAUCGGCAAUGGAAAAUGGCUCCAAUUCAUGACGGUCGACGGCAGGGUCCGCUGUGUCUGUGUUUGCGCGAGUGUUCUUGAGUUUCCGGACAGACGCAUAUCACCGUAAUGUUUCGCUCCUCCCAGGAGUGAAGUCUUAAAUGAAAGUAAAAGAGAGGGGUCGAGCUGCAAAUCAGAAUAACAUCCAGCUGGAAAUUUCCUGCUCAGACACUUAAGUGAAGUAAAGCUCAUCAGAUCAGAGACCUGCCGCCUUUCUUCAGUGAUGACACUUAUGGAUCAAGACUAGAAGCAGCAUGGACCCACAAGGUGGGCAGAGUACCUGAAGGCGCUGGCCACAGACUAUCUGCCUGUGGUGGACAGACGAGACAAUAGUAAAACAUGUGGCAGUCCAGUGGAGGAUUCUGUUUUAUAGGAUGGUUAGAGAUAACCUGGUUAAAACAGUAGCACAGAAUGAAAAACAGAACCAGAAUCAUGCACCUGAUGAACCUGCAAGACCUCAACAGGUCCACAAUCCAGAGAGUGAGAAACAAAAGCAGCAGACAGAGCCGGAUGUGCGCCACUGGAACAAGCUCCACUGUCUACACCUCUCAGACGAGGAACUUGAAACCUGGUGUCAGGCGGAGGCGGCCAGCUUGCCCUCUCAUCUGCGUCCAUUCCGUAGCCUGGACGAGUACAAACUGGUGAAACACACUCACCAUCAGCUGCUGCACAGUUCUUACUACUGGGGACCAAUGACCAUGGAGGAGGCGCACAAAACACUCUCCCAGUCGUCACCAGGCACCUUCCUCAUCAGAGACAGUGGCCAGCCAGAUGUCUUCUUCACACUGAGCUACCAAAGCAAUGAAGGCCCGAUAAGCGUUCGUGUGAUGCUCAACAAGCUGCUCUUCUCUCUGUAUGGAAGCGAAAAGACUUUUCCCUCCCUCUUCGCUCUGCUUGCGCAUUACAGCAGCUCGUCAUGUAAGUUGACGGUGCCUUUCCGCAUGCAGCGACCUGAGUUCCUCAAGCAGAUCUGCAGGAGGGCAUUGGUGCACACGUACGGUGCAGAAAACAUAAGGACCUUACCUGGACUCAGCUGUGAAGUGAAAGACUAUGUUCAGGCCUAUCCUCACUCUCUAUAGUGUGUGCGUGUGUGUGCCCGUAUGUGUGUUAAUAUACAACCCGUUAAACAUAGAUCGAGUGUUUUAAAUGCCAGGCAUUUGUGUUUAAUAUUUGCAGUCCUCUUUGCUGUCAUAACAGGAUACAUGGAUAAGAUGUGUACAGUUUUUAAGCAUGCUUAAAACAGGAAACGGCAGCAGUCAUUAUCUCCACUGGGGGGCAGAAAAACAUCAUAGAAUGGAAGUACAGUAUUUGCUUUUAGCGUGUGUGCCAAAACUAGCCAUGAUGAUCCUGACAGAUUGUAGUGUCCACUGAGGAGCACCAAGAGACAAGUAGAACUAAUGUGUUACACCAUAUUCAUUUACUGUCGCUCUGCCCAACUGGGUUAUUGGUGAACUGUACAGUUUCAUGAAAGUAAAUGUCCUUGAGAGAACUUAGUUCUAGCUGUACGGUGCAUAGAGAAGUUUGUGAGCCGCUAAUUUAAAGUUACUGAAAUGUUUAUUGUUUUAUCCUCAGAUAUUACCUUUUCGUUUCUUUGAAUGUGUACACGCACAGCAGUUUUUCUUAAGAUUUGAAUGUCUUGACAGGCUCACAUAUGUGUAUUCUACCAAAAACUACUAAUAAAUGACUAAUGGCUAAUAAAUGUUGGUUCAAACCAAAGUAAUUACAUAGGGUGACCAAACAGCUUCACUCAGCUGCUGCCAUUAAAUUACGUCUGCAACAAUCCUUGUUUGUUACUGUGUAUGAGCACUUUUCAGAGAUUAUUUUGGUAAAGUUGAGCUCAGACUGAUGAGAUAUAACUGUUUCACCCUGCAAAGGAGUCAAGGGUGUAAUUCCUGUUGUUUGAAUACUAUAACAAGCAGCUUACACAAUUGGACAGCACAAAACAAAUACCUGUACAUGGUGUGUACAUGGGAUGGUGAUUUGGGAAGCAGAUAAGUCUGAGUUCACCGAGUGGACAGCAAUGAAUGCAGAUGAUAGAUGACUCACACCUCUUCAGUCAUUAAUUUUUCAAUCAGGGUUAAGCCUUUAGUUGGCCCCUGAACUGACAUCAAGCCUAUCAAAAACCUGUGGGCGGUGGUGAGCCAGCAAGCCCACUGAAUUCUGACCUCAUAGAGUAAAUGUUCUUCUGGAUGAAUGGACAGAUAUUCCCACACACACACUCCAACAUCUUGUAGGAAUGUGUUCAGAAGAGUGGGUGAAAAAGUUUUUACUAUGUGUCCCACUUCCUGCCCUAAAUCUGACUGGCAGUGGCCCCUUAAAAAAAAAUAGUGCUUAUCACCUGGGACACACUUCUUUUUUCCUCAAAUGAUCUCAUUAACCUUCAACAUGAUGACGAAAGACCACAGUCUUCAUAGAGACACAUGAAUCCCCUGAGAGAUAUAGAGCUUGCAUGGGUUGCAUGUUUAGUUUCGCUUCGCUAUUUCAGAUUCAAUGUAUUUGUCGUAGAAUUUAUGCAGUAUUUUGCCGCUUUUGCCCAAUAAAGUUUUCACACAAUUGCAUUUUGUCAGCACAAUACAAAAAUAUUCAGUUGAUUCACCAUUAAGUGUGGUGAAUAUUAUAAAAUAUACACUGUAUAUUUAUGUAUUAUUCAUACAUGAUACAGUAUAUCAUAAUAGCAAUAAUAAUAGUGAGUGAUUUGAUGGCAACACAAUUAUAUUA